CGAAUUAAACAAAGUCGGAUUUUUCCCCCCUCCUCUCGCGGUCCUCUUAGCUUCAGAUCUCACGCGGAAAUAGACUGCAAGUCAAAUGACCAAAAAGAAGGUCCCAUCAUGUGCAAGGAAUUUUCAGGCUAGAAGGUUCCACAAAUGAUAUUUUCCUUUUUCCAAAAGUUGAGCAAUGCCUUCUCAGAAGAUAGAGACUGGCCACCAAGAUGUUGUUCACGAUGUUUGCAUGGAUUACUAUGGCAAGAGACUUGCAACUGCCUCAUCUGAUGCUACUAUUAAGAUAAUUGGUGUUAGUGGCUCCUCGAGUCAGCAUCUCGCCGUCCUGAGUGGGCACCAAGGUCCUGUCUGGCAGGUUGCCUGGACCCACCCAAAGUUCGGAACCAUGCUUGCUUCUUGCAGUUAUGAUGGCCGUGUGAUCAUAUGGAAGGAAGGAAAUAAACCAGAAGAGUGGAUUCAGGCCCACAUUUUUACCGAGCACAAAUCUUCUGUUAAUUCUAUUGCAUGGGCUCCACAUGAGCUUGGCCUCUCCUUAGCAUGUGGAUCCUCUGAUGGAAACAUUUCAGUCUUCACAGCUCGACCUGAUGGUGGCUGGGAUACAACAAAGAUCGAUCAGGCACACCAAGUCGGAGUGACUUCUGUCUCGUGGGCCCCAUCUACAGCUCCUGGUGCCUUAGUUGGUUCAGGCCUGCUUGAUCCUGUCUAUAAGCUUGUUUCUGGUGGCUGUGAUAACACAGUUAAAGUGUGGAAGUUAUUUAAUGGAAGUUGGAAGAUGGAUUGUUUUCCUGCACUCCAGAUGCACAGUGAUUGGGUAAGGGAUGUUGCUUGGGCACCAAACCUUGGUCUUCCUAAAUCAACGAUUGCCAGUUCGUCGCAGGAUGGAACGGUGGUUAUAUGGACUGUGGCAAAAGAAGGUGAUCAGUGGGAAGGUAGGAUUUUGAAUGAUUUCAAGACUCCUGUUUGGAGGGUAUCAUGGUCUUUGACAGGGAAUAUAUUGGCUGUUGCUGAUGGGAACAACAACGUGACCUUACCGUUGAGCCAUAGAGAUUCUAUUUCUGGUUGGGUAUCUUUCUUUGCUUUGCAUGAACUUCUUGCUGUACCAUGCGCUCCUUUUGUUCUGUACGCUCAGAGCAUCUUGCUCCUUGUUUCUCUAUUUUCUAUUUCUCUGUUUGUGUCUCUAAUUUUAGGAACAAAAAGAGCAGACAUCUAUGUUUCUUUCCUCCUCUACCUCAAAUGGAGUUUUCACUUUCCUAAACUUCUGUUUACGAGCUUUGUGUCAUGUUGCUUAGUGUCUAUUAGAUCUCUAGUAAUGUUUAGGAAGAGGACCGAUAAUUUUAAGGAUUUCACUUCCCUUUACUUCGGGAAUUGCUGACAAUCUUUGUUUCAUCUCGAGUUUUGUGUUUUCCAUUGCAAUUGACUUGUAUUGACAUAACUUUUUGUUUAUGACCGAUAUUAUGAAUUUUUAUUGAACAUGCCGAACAACAUAUUGUUUUUA